UAUUAUGAGGAAAUCGAUGACUACAGAGGAUAGUGUCUCCUGGGGUCUUCCUGAGGCAGUAACACCACACCACACUAGCCGUCAGACAAUCGAAGGAGGUCCGUAGCCGUCAGGGACCUCAAACUUACAGCUAAACAAGAUCUUGGACUUUAAUUUCUUCAAUCAAGUUAUAAUUGAACAAAAAGCCGUCAGAUGAAAUAAAUGUUCAAUUACAAAGAAGUGAUUUUAUAAGACAUUGCCUUUAACAUCUGCUUAGAAAAACUGAACUGUUAGCUGAGAAUCAGUCGGGAGCCAAGAUGGAGGGCAACGUUGUGGUGAAGGAGGUGCGGAUCCUGGAGACCGCAGAGGAUAUUCAGGACCGUCGUGACCAAGUGCUCUCGAGGUACUCCCAAUUUCGCUCUGAUGCCCGCCUCAAGAGGGACAAGUUGGAAGAUUCUCGCAGGUUUCAAUACUUUAAACGAGAUGCCGAUGAACUGGAAUCCUGGAUCCACGAGAAACUGCAGGCUGCCUCUGAUGAGAGCUACAAAGAUCCCACAAACCUGCAGGCCAAGAUUCAGAAGCACCAGGCUUUCGAAGCUGAGGUGGCGGCACACUCGAAUGCCAUUGUAGUCCUGGACAACACCGGCUCGGAGAUGAUCAACCAACAGCAUUUUGCUUCAGACAUCAUCAGACAUAAAUUGGAUGAACUUCACCGCCUGUGGGAGUUACUGCUGAGCCGCCUGGCAGACAAAGGUAUGCGCCUGCAACAAGCCUUAGUGUUGGUGCAGUUCCAGCGCCAGUGUGACGAAGUUAUGUACUGGAUCAAUGACAAGGAAACUUAUGUCACCUCUGAAGAAUUUGGUGUAGAUCUGGAACAUGUGGAGGUUCUUCAGCGUAAGUUUGAUGAAUUCCAAAAGGAUAUGGCUGCCCAAGAAUACCGUGUCACAGAGGUCAACACUCUUGCCGAGAAGCUGGUGACAGAUGGGCACCCGGAGGUAGAAGUAAUCACCAAACGAAAGAAGGACCUGAAUGAAGCCUGGCAACGCCUGCGCCAGCUUGCUCUCACCCGCCAGGAAAAACUGUUUGGUGCCCAUGAAAUUCAGCGUUUCAACAGGGAUGCUGAUGAGACCAUUGCCUGGAUUGCAGAGAAGGAUGUUGUGCUCUCCUCUGAUGACUAUGGACGUGACUUGGCAUCAGUGCAAACACUUCAGCGUAAGCAUGAAGGUCUAGAGCGUGACCUGGCUGCCUUGGAAGACAAAGUGUCAACCCUUGGAGAAGAGGCCACUCGUUUGUGUGGCAUCCAUUCAGAUCAUGCUGAACAGACAAAGUCAAAGCUAGCAGAGAUUGAACAUUCCUGGUCCACACUUACAGCUAAGGCUCAGGAACGACGACGACGUCUAGAUGACUCGUACUACUUGCACCGUUUCCUCUCUGAUUUCCGCGAUCUCAUCUCCUGGAUCAAUGACAUGCGUGCCAUCAUCUCUGCUGAUGAACUUGCUAAGGAUGUGGCUGGAGCCGAGGCUUUACUUGAACGCCAUCAGGAGCACAAGGGUGAGAUUGAUGCCCGGGAAGACAGCUUUAAGACGACCCACGAAGCUGGUGAAAAGCUGGUAGAGAAGAAUCAUCAUGCCUCUGAAGAAGUAAAGGAGAAGCUUAGCACUCUCACUCAGGAGAAGGCUGCUCUGCUUGCCCUGUGGGAAGAGCGUCGCAUCCUGUAUGAACAGUGCAUGGACUUGCAGCUCUUUUACCGGGACACUGAACAAGCUGAUACCUGGAUGGCCAAGCAAGAGGCUUUCCUUGAAAAUGAAGAUUUGGGAGAUUCUAUUGAUUCAGUUGAAGCCCUGAUUAAGAAACAUGAAGACUUUGAGAAGUCACUCGCUGCUCAAGAGGAGAAGAUUAAGGCUUUAGAUGAAUUUGCGACCAAAUUAAUUGAAGGUCAACAUUAUGCUGCAGAUGAUGUUUCUCAGAGACGUGAGAUGUUACUGGAACGUCGCACGGCCUUGCUUGACAUGUCUGCCCGCCGCCGUACCAUGUUGGAAGAUUCUUACCGUCUCCAACAAUUUGAGCGUGACUGCGAUGAAACUAAGGGUUGGAUUAAUGAGAAGCUGAAAUUUGCUACAGAUGACAGUUACUUAGAUCCAACUAACUUGAAUGGCAAGGUCCAAAAACACCAGAACUUUGAUCAAGAGCUCAGUGCUAACAAGUCUCGUAUUGAGGAAAUAACAUCAACCGGAAAAGAGCUUCUCGAUGCAGAUCACUAUGCUAGUGAUAAAAUCAGUAGUCGCAUGGAGGAAAUUGUUCAACUUUGGACUUCACUUGAGGAGGCCACUCGCAGGAAGGGAUCCAAGCUUGAGGAAGCAUCACAGCAGCAACAAUUUAACCGUGGUGUUGAAGACAUUGAGCUCUGGCUUUCUGAGAUUGAGGGUCAGCUUAUGAGUGAAGACUAUGGUAAGGAUUUGACUGGUGUUCAGAACCUACUUAAGAAACAUGCUCUUAUGGAAGCUGAUGUUGGAGCUCAUCAGGACAGAAUUGAUGGCGUAAGAAUUGCUGCUGAUCAGUUUGUUGACCGUGGACACUUUGAUGCUGAGAACAUUAAGGCAAAACAAAUGACUCUUCAGGAACGUUACAAUGCUCUGCAGAAGCCAAUGACUGUCCGUAAACAGCGCCUCAAGGACUCCCUUCUGGUGCAGCAAUUGUUCCGUGACAUUGAUGAUGAAGAGGCCUGGAUUCGGGAGAAGGAGCCAAUUGCAGCUUCAACAAACCGUGGCCGAGAUCUUAUCGGUGUACAGAAUCUAAUCAAGAAACACCAGGCUGUUCUUGCAGAAGUAAACAAUCAUGAACAUAGAACUGUUGCAGUUACAACAUCAGGAGAGGAAAUGAUCAAUGAUGGUCACUUUGCUGGGGAGGAGAUUAAACAGAGAGUCAACACUUUGAGCCAACACUGGGCUCAACUGAAGGAACGAGCAACUCAGCGCCGUCAAGACUUGGAGGAUUCCCUACAGGCUCACCAAUACUUUGCUGAUGCCAACGAGGCCGAGUCAUGGAUGAAAGAGAAGGAGCCUAUUGCUGCUGGAGGAGACUUUGGUAAGGAUGAAGAUUCAGCUGAAGCAUUACUGAAGAAGCAUGAGGCCCUCAUGAGUGAUUUGGAGGCUUUCAGCUCAACCAUUGCUGCUCUAGAUGACCAAGCUGCUGCCUGUCGUCAACAGGAAGUUCCUGUUAUGGAUAUAACAGGAAAAGAAUGUGUGGUGGCUCUGUAUGAUUACACUGAGAAAUCUCCCCGAGAAGUGUCCAUGAAGAAGAAUGAUGUUCUGACCCUCCUUAAUGCCACAAACAAGGACUGGUGGAAAGUAGAAGUUAACGAUCGUCAAGGCUUUGUCCCUGCAGCAUAUGUGAAGAAGAUUGAUUCAGGUCUCACGGCAUCUCAACAAAAUUUGGCCGAUGGCAACUCCAUUGCUGCUCGCCAAAGCCAGAUUAAGGGUCAGUAUGAGAACCUGAUGGCCUCAGCCCGUGAGCGCCAAAAGAAGUUGAGUGAAACGGUGCAGGCAUACGUGCUCGUGCGUGAGGCUGCCGAGCUGGCACAGUGGAUUAAGGACAAAGAACAACAUGCACAGAUUGAGGAUGUAGGAGAAGACCUGGAGCAGGUUGAAGUACUGCAGAAGAAGUUUGAUGAUUUCAAGACAGACCUACAAGCUAAUGAAGUUCGGCUGGCAGAGAUGAAUGAAAUUGCUAUGCAGCUCAUGAGCCUUGGCCAGACUGAAGCUGCUCUCAAGAUCCAGACACAGAUUGAAGAACUCAACACCAAGUGGAACUCCCUCCAGCAGAUGGCACAGGAGAGGCAGUUCCAGCUUGGGUCUGCUCAUGAGGUUCAACGUUUCCACCGAGACGUAGAUGAGACGAAGGACUGGAUUCAGGAGAAAGAUGAGGCACUUAACAACGAUGACUGUGGCAAGGACCUGCGCUCUGUACAGGCUCUUCAGCGCAAACACGAAGGGUUGGAACGUGACCUUGCUGCCUUGGGAGACAAAAUUCGGCAAUUGGAUGAAACUGCUAAUAGGCUCAUGCAGACCCAUCCUGAAGCAGCUGACACCAUUUAUGGCAAGCAGCGGGAAAUCAAUGAGCUGUGGACUCAGCUGACAGCCAAGGCAAAUGCACGAAAGGAAAAGUUGCUCGACUCGUAUGACCUCCAGAGAUUCCUCAGUGAUUACCGUGACCUGAGCUCCUGGAUUGCAUCCAUGAUGGGACUAGUGAGUUCGGAAGAGCUGGCUACUGAUGUCACUGGGGCCGAGGCACUUCUAGAGAGGCAUCAGAGCUUCCGAGCCGAGUUUGACUCUCGCUAUGGUAUACCCCAGGAACACCGUACGGAGAUUGAUGCUCGUGCUGGAACAUUCCAAGCCUUUGAACUUUUUGGACACCAGUUGCUUCAGUCUGGCCACUUUGCCUCUGCUGAAGUACAGGAAAAACUUGAUGCUAUGAACGAGGCUCGGCAGGAUCUUGAGAGGGCUUGGAUUGCCCGUCGCAUGAAGCUGGACCAGUGUCUAGAACUGCAGCUGUUCUACCGUGACUGUGAACAAGCAGAGAACUGGAUGUCAUCUCGUGAAGCUUUCCUCUCUUCAGAUGAAGCUGAUGCCAAGGCUGACAAUGUAGAAGCUCUCAUCAAGAAGCACGAAGAUUUCGACAAGGCCAUCAACGCACAAGAGGAGAAGAUUGCUGCUCUCAAUUUGUUUGCUGAUCAGCUGGUGGCUGCUGAGCACUAUGCUAGCAAGGACAUUGGUGACAAGAGGGGUCAAGUAUUGGACCGUUGGCAGCAUUUGAAGGAAGCUCUUAUUGAGAAGCGCUCAAAGCUAGGAGAAUCUCAAACUCUUCAGCAGUUUUCACGUGAUGCAGAUGAAAUUGAAAAUUGGAUUGCUGAAAAGUUGCAGGUAGCAACUGAAGAGAGUUUCAAGGACCCAGCUAAUAUCCAGUCAAAGCACCAAAAGCAUCAGGCCUUUGAGGCAGAGCUUGCUGCAAAUGCUGAUCGUAUUCAAGCUGUACUUGCCAUGGGUCAAAAUCUUAUUGACAAGCACCAGUGUGCUGGGUCUGAGGAGGCAGUACAACAGAGAUUGGAAUCUAUCUCAGAACAGUGGGAUUUCUUGACCCAGAAAUCAGCUGAGAAAUCUCUGAAGCUUAAAGAGGCAAACAAGCAGCGAACUUUCAUUGCAGCUGUAAAGGACUUGGACUUUUGGCUGGGUGAAGUGGAGUCUCUCCUCACCAAUGAAGAUGUGGGCAAAGAUCUGGCCAGUGUUCAGAAUUUAAUGAAGAAACAUCAGCUUGUGGAAGCUGAUGUCCAAGCUCAUGAUGACCGUAUUAAUGACAUGAAUGGACAAGCUGACUCAUUAGUUGAAAGUGGUCAGUUUGACACCGCUAAUAUUCAAGAGAAACGCCAGAGUAUCAACGAGAGAUACGAGCGCAUCAAGAACUUGGCUGCUCAUCGCCAGUCACGGCUAAAUGAGGCACUCACUCUUCACCAGUUCUUCCGUGACAUUGCCGAUGAGGAAUCAUGGAUCAAAGAAAAGAAACUUUUGGUUUCUUCUGAAGAUUAUGGCCGUGAUUUGACUGGUGUACAGAACCUGCGGAAGAAGCACAAGCGCCUGGAGGCUGAGCUGGCCUCCCAUGAACCAGCUAUUCAAGCUGUGCAAGAGGCAGGAGAGAAGCUGAUGGGUGUAUCCAAUGUUGGUGUAUCAGAAAUUGAAGCCCGUCUUCAGCAACUAUCUGAGACUUGGUCCCAGCUAAAGGCAAUGGCUGAACAGCGUGGCCAGAAACUAGACCAGUCUUUGACAUACCAACAGUUCUUGGCUAAGGUAGAGGAGGAAGAGGCAUGGAUCAGUGAGAAGACACAACUUCUGUCUGUUCCAGACUAUGGAGAUAAUAUGGCAGCAGCUCAGGGUCUCCUGAAGAAGCACGAUGCCUUUGAAACAGAUUUUGCUGUCCAUCGUGACCGUUGCAGUGAUGUUUGUGAAGCAGGCGCCAAGUUGGUGAGCGACGGUAACCACCACGGAGACUCCAUAAAGCAGAGAUGUCAGCAGCUGAAGGACAAACUGGAGGCCCUAAAUGGUAUUGCUGCCCGCAGGAAGAGCAAGUUGGCAGACAACCUGGCUUAUCUGCAGUUCAUAUGGAAGGCUGAUGUGGUUGAAUCAUGGAUAGCCGAUAAGGAAUCGCAUGUCAAGUCCGAGGAGUAUGGUCGAGACCUCUCUACUGUGCAGACUCUGCUCACCAAGCAGGAGACUUUUGAUGCUGGUUUGGCAGCUUUUGAGCAUGAAGGUAUCCAGAACAUCACCACCCUGAAGGAUCAGUUGGUGUCAGGUAAUCACGAGCAGUCCGAGUCCAUAAUAAAACGUCACAGCGAUGUUAUUGCUCGUUGGAAUAAGCUCCUCAAUGACUCCCUUGAGCGUAAGAACAAGCUGCUAGUAAUGCAGGAGCAGUUCCGUCAAAUUGAGGAGCUCUAUCUCUCGUUUGCUAAGAAGGCAUCUGCAUUCAACUCCUGGUUUGAGAAUGCAGAGGAGGACCUCACUGAUCCUGUUCGCUGCAAUAGCAUUGAAGAAAUCAAGGCACUCCGUGAGGCCCAUGCCCAGUUCCAGGCUUCCCUGUCUUCUGCUCAGGCAGAUUUUGAAUCUCUUGCCGCCCUAGAUCAGCAGAUUAAGAGCUACAAUGUUGGGCCCAACCCUUAUACAUGGUUCACCAUGGAAGCCCUUGAAGAUACCUGGCGAAACUUGCAAAAGAUCAUCAAGGAGCGUGAUAUGGAACUAGCUAAAGAAGCACAACGGCAAGAGGAGAAUGACAAACUGAGGAAGGAGUUUGCCAAACAUGCCAAUGCCUUCCACCAGUUGCUGACAGAUACCAGGUUCCAUCUGCUGGGUUUCUCCCUUAUCGGCUAUGAUGAGAGGUCAUCCAUGAUGGAGGGUUCUGGAACAUUGGAGCAGCAGUUGGAGGCCACCCGACAGAAGGCAGCUGAAGUUCGAGCUCGUCGUGUGGAUCUUAAGAAGAUUGAAGACCUUGGACAAAUUCUUGAGGAACACCUGAUCCUGGACAACAGAUACACUGAGCACAGUACGGUGGGAUUGGCACAACAGUGGGAUCAGCUGGACCAGUUGGGAAUGCGCAUGCAGCAUAACCUGGAGCAGCAGAUCCAAGCCCGUAACCAGUCUGGUGUAUCUGAAGAUGCCCUCAAGGAGUUCAGCAUGAUGUUCAAACACUUUGACAAAGAGAAGUGUGGCCGACUGAACCAUGCAGAGUUCAAGUCUUGUCUGAGAGCUCUGGGUUAUGAUCUGCCCAUGAUUGAGGAGGGUCAGAAUGAUCCAGAAUUUGAAGCAAUCCUGGAUGUUGUAGAUCCAAACCGUGAUGGUGCUGUCUCACUCCAGGAAUACAUGGCGUUCAUGAUUUCCAAGGAGACAGAGAAUGUUCACAGCUCAGAGGAAAUUCAGAAUGCUUUCCGUGCUAUUGCUGCUGGAGAUCGCCCAUAUGUGUUACGAGAGGAACUAUAUCAAAACCUUACCAAAGAAAUGGCAGACUACUGUGUGGGUCGCAUGAAACCAUACGAAGAUCCAAAAUCGGGCAUUGCGGUCCCUGGAGCCAUGGACUACAUCGAGUUUACUCGUACUCUCUUUUCUCAGUAGACUGAAGUCCUUUAAAUGCUGACCAGUCUUUACUGUUACCAUAGAUAAUAUAUUUAAAUAUAAUCAAUAAUUGGUAUGCACAGAGAUAUUAUUGAUAAAUAAAACACUAUUUAUGAUAGGGCAGCUUUCCUAUGAUCUGUUUUAUGAUGUGGAUUUGUUCUCGUAGUUUUUUGUUCAUAGUUGUACUAAUUGUACUGUAUUAGGUUAUUUGGAGUGUAAACUUCAAGUAAACAGAUACUAAAUUUUUAGAAAAUCACUGUCUUGGAAACAUAAAACAGCUGUGAACAAGGAACCUGAUCCAACAAAUAGGCUCGCGGUAGUUAUGAUGUGUAAUGCAUAACAGCUGUGUUAAGUCAUUUUGCUUGAAAACUACCACCCAUGUCUUGCUCACAAGAUCUUAAGAUAAUGGUGCUAUGAAUUUUUUUUUUAAAUCCAUAUAUGUAGAGGGCUGUUGCUAUCAGUACUCUUAUAUGCACUAUUUUCAAACUUGCUGAAUAUGAUAUGCACUUAAGUAGAAUUUAGAGCCACUACAGUACAGUAUAUGCUUGUUAGCCAUGAGUCAAUAUUGCUGGGCAGGAUAUAAUGUGUGUGUGUGUACAUGGUAAAAUUAAUGUGAAUAAGGGGUAUAACACCAAGGACUCCCACUACUGACGGCUAUUAAAAGAGAAGUCCUUCUCCUUAUUUACAUAAAGUAUUCACACCUUCAAAUAUCUGUGGAUAUAAGCCAGUGACAGAGACUGACCAUCAAGAACUACAGAUCUGACGGCUUUACUUUUACUUGUAGUUCUUCUCUUAUCAUUGGCUUGUAUUUGUAGGUACCUCUGUAUUUGCUGCAUAUUUCCAUUUAUAUGUAUUAACUCAAAGUAUCCAGUUCAUUUGUUAUAAAUUGUCAUCUGAUUCAUUAGCAUCUAGAGAUGACUGGUGAAGCAAAAAGUUGAGUAGUGACAGCUGGGUGGUAGUAUGGUGGAGGGUGCUUGUCAACUAUCGGGGUCUUUAUAUUUUAUGCGAAGUGAUUAGGAAUCAGUCAAUGCCUAAAUGGUACUCCCAUAUUACAGCUAAUGAAUCUGAA